UCAGCCGGAAGACGCGCUCUUCACCCUCGCUUAGCUUAACACUUAGUUGUGAUGUUAGCCUGUUUUCUUGGACACUCCUAGCGCUUUAUCCCACUUCACUGCUAAUUGCCUCAAGCCCCCCCUCAGGAAACCAUGGCCGAGCAGGCCUCGGGACCCCCUCUGUCGUCCCAACAUGACGAGGUGCUCCAGCAGCGAGUGGCCGCUAUGGAACAGGAGAGGGCCGAGUUCAUCAAACUCAAGCAGCAGCUGGAGGCCGAGUUCAACCAGAAGCGAGCCAAGUUCAAAGAGCUCUACCUGUCCAAAGAAGAGGAGCUGAAGAGGCAGACCGCGGCACUGGAGGGCGCCCAAGUUGAGUUGAGCUCCAUCCAGGAGCAGCUGGCUCAGGCUCGGUCAGAGAUAGAGACCAUCAAAGCGGUGGCCACCGUGUCGGAAAACACCAAGCAGGAGGCCAUCGACCAGGUCCGCAGCCAGUGGCAGGAGGAGGUGGCCUCGCUGCAGGCCAUCAUGAAAGAAACGGUGUGCGAGUAUGAGGUCCAGUUUCACCAGCGUCUGGAGCAGGAGCGAGCCCAGUGGAACCAGUACAGAGAGGCAGUGGAGAGGGAGCUGGGUGAGCUGCGACGCCGCCUCACUGAGGGCCAGGAGGAAGAGAACCUGGAGGACGAAAUGAAAAAAGCCCAGGAGGAUGCAGAGAAGCUGCGUUCGGUGGUGAUGCCCAUGGAGCAGGAGAUCGCAGCUCUGAAAGCCAAGCUGACUACAGCCGAGGACAGGGUGAAGGAACUGGAGGCCUCGAAGGUGAAGGAGCUCAAUCAUGUUCUCGAGGCGGAGAAGUCGUGUCGUACGGACCUGGAGAUGUAUGUGGCCGUGUUGAACACUCAGAAGUCUGUCCUGCAGGAAGAUGCAGAGAAACUACGGAAAGAGCUCCACGACGUGUGUCACAAGUUGGAGUUGGAGCGGCAGCAGCACAACCAGCUGAAACACACAUGGCAGAGAGCCAACGACCAGUUUCUGGAGUCCCAACGCCUCCUCAUGAGGGACAUGCAGAGGAUAGAGAGCGUGCUGUCAUCAGAACAGCUCCGCCAGGUGGAGGAGAUGAAGAAGAAAGACCAGGAGGAGGAUGAGAAAGAGAGGCUGAGCCAAGUGAAGGAGCUGCACGAGGAGGAUGUGGGAGACAACACGGAGCCCCUGGAGGAUUUGUUCCUCGGGCUGAGCGUCGAGGAGCCCCACACCAACCACAGCGCCCACGGCUCCAUGCACUCCUUAGACACUGAUGUAGUUGCAGGGAGCCCCAUGGAUCCCUACAAGGACAACCUGCGGAGAGUUCAGUCAACAGACAGCCUCGGCUCCUCGCUGUCAGUCCAGCAAGGACUCGGAGGCCACAACCACAAAGCCAAGUCAGCCAGCCACUUGGACGAGUCGGACUUUGGGCCCUUGGUGGGGGCUGACUGCGGGGUGACAGACAGUAGUUUUGGUGAAACUUCGUCCAUCAGCUCCAUUAAGCUGACGGCGAGUCAUUUCCUGCUGACUAAAGACCAGGAGAAGGCCAUCAAGGCCAUGACGCCCGAGCAGGAGGAGACUGCAUCGCUCCUGUCCAGCAUCUCCCAUGCCCCUGACACCGCCUUCCUACCGCCUUCAGGCUACAGACUCGUCAGUGACAGCGAGUGGAACCUGCUGCAGCAAGAGGUGAAAAAUGCUGGCAGGAAGCUCGGCCGACGUUGUGAUAUGUGCUCCAACUACGAGAAGCAGCUGCAGGCCAUCCAGGGACAAGAAGCUGAGACACGAGAUCAGGUGAAGAAACUGCAGGUGAUGCUGCGUCAGGCCAACGAUCAGCUGGAGAGGACGAUGACUGAGAAACAGAAUUUGGAAGAUUCGGUCAAAGUAGGCAACGAGGAAACCACUGCUAAGGUGUCCGCCCUCUUGCAAAGAGUCCAGGAUUCAGAAACACUGCUCAGCACACUACAACAGGCCUUCAGUGAAGCUAAGAGAAACACACAGGAACAGAUGGCGGUUCUGGUGAAGUCAAGGGAGCAGGUGGCAGAUGAGCUAAGCCGACUGCAGAGAGACAACGAGAGCCUGCAGGGAAAACACAGGCUGCACGUAGAACUACAGCAACAAGAGGACUUCCAGAUGCCCAAUACUGUGCAAGAGCUACAUGUCCUGGUGGUGGGGCUGCGUGAGGACCUGGUGGCGUUACGGACGUCUGCCGAUCACAUGGAGGAGAAGUUGAAAGCUGAGAUUCUGUUUCUGAAGGAGCAGAUCCAGGCGGAGCAGUGUCUGAAGGAGAACCUGGAGGACACACUGCAGCUGGAGAUCGAGGGCUGCAAGGAGGAGAUAGACAUCUUGGAAGCGUCUUUCUCCAGUUUGAAGACAGAGCUAGAGCGAAUAAAAGCAGAGAAGGAACAGUUGCAGAGCAGUCUAGCAGAGAAAACUGAGACACUGGAGAACAUCCAGGGCCUGAGGAUCACCCUGGAGCAGCAGCUCAAAGAGCUUACCACUGCAAAGAGUGCACUAGAGAGUCAGGUCUUUGAUGAGAGAGACAAAGCCCAGCGGCUGCAAACAGAGCUGGAUGUCAGCGAGCAAGUUCAGAAGGACUUUGUCAAACUCUCUCAGACCCUUCAGGUACAGUUGGAGCGAAUACGACAGGCAGACUCCUUGGAUCGAAUCAAAGUCAUCCUCAAUGACACCAACUUGACUGACAUCAACCAGCUUCCAGAGACAUGAUACCACUGAAUAAAAAAUUGCCUUCAGUUUCAUUCCCCUCUUUCUCUAAUCACUGGCCCAAUAACAUUAUUGAUCUGACCCUUCCUCCUCCCCAUAACCACAGCGGAAGAGUUUGGAGGGACGAGGACAGACGUGGCAUGAGGAGCCUUUUGUGUACAUUAAGAGUCUUGGAACAUGAAUAAUGAAGAAGAACACUACUAAAAAAAAAACAUGUAAAUAACUAAAUGUGUGACUCUGGACGGAGGGAGUGGAUGCAAGGCUGUCUGUGUCUUGUUUCUACUGUAGAUAUGACUGUCUGUGUGUAUUAGCUCAACCAAAAAGGUUUGUCGUCUUCUAAAGCACUUUUCAUCUGCAACUUCUCUUUCCAGGUAAAUAGAAAACAACUGGUGCAUAACUUUCCUCCUUCUGUUCUCACAGCGGUUGAUAAUCGCUUCCUUGUUCCACUCGCUUGUUCUUUCCGUGUGUUGUUUUUUUUUCUACCUUUUUCUGGCUGUUUUUCUGUGACAUUUUCCACCGUGUUCUGGUCAUUAAACCCUGUGACAAAGACACAAUGAAGGAAAUUCAUGGAAAAUACUUGCACAUAACUUAACUGGGAUGGAAAAAAAGGAACUUAACAAAAUUUGAGCAAUACCAUCCUUUUUUUUUUUUUUUUAAACAUCCUCUACUGUAUCUUGCUUCGUUUUUGUUCUUAACAUUUGACAGGAGCUCUAGUUUUUUUUUUCUUUUAAUGCUGCAGAAAUACAGUGAAGAAACAUUCAAUCAUGUUUAAAGUUGUAUUUUUGAACCUCACUCUUGUUUCUUGUUUGUCAAGGAAGCCAUCGAAACACUAGUUAAAUCAGUUUGUGUCAGUUUGAGGUAAAAAGAUGGAACAAAAUGUAAAAACUUUUUAUUAACUGUCUAUAUGAAUUGACCUUUUGUUGGACUUUGUUAAUGUAAUUCUAAAGCUCUUAAAUUACAGUGGGCGGCUUUUAAAUAACGUACGAUGAAGAAAGAGCACACUAUCACAACACAAGAUGCACAAGAUGUUUCUCUUCUGUCACAGCAGAGGCAGUAGGAGGAAGUCUUAUUUAAGGAAACUUCUGGAUGGUGGGAGAAAAACACGUCUAACAAGCCACCAUACUCCUCUCUGAGAGCUUUGCAAACUUUAACCCAUCUGACUGUGAAAAACUAAAAAGAGUUGUACAAGAAUUCACUAACUCCUACAUGACUAAACCUGCCAGUAUGCCUCAUCAGAACUGCUUGUCAGAUGGUCGAAUAGCUUCAGAAGCGAGAAGUGAGAAAUGAGCCAGGGUUUGAACUCUCACCUCCAUUAGCAAAAUGACUAAUAUUAGGGUAAUGGUUGUGGAUGCGCCAUAAUUUGUUCUUUUUCUUCAGAUCAAAUUUGCGCAACAUUUGGAUAGAAAUUUGGCUUGUGACAUCCGGAUUUUCACUCUGUGUUCCAGCGCUGCAGUGGUCAGACGACAUGUUAUACGAUUCAGUUCUUUUCUAGUAUAACCUCUAUUUUUUUUUUUUUUUUUAAAGAAGUUGAUUUAAACACCUCAGUGUGCUUCAAAACAAACCAGGUUGUACAACGCGUCAUCCGCGACACAAUAAAUCUUACUAACGGGUAUAUUUUAAAACAUACGUGUUGUUUUACACGGUUGUGAAAGAGAAGGUUUGUCUGAUGAAUACAAAAAGAGAGCUUAAGCCAGAAGAGGUCAAACUCUUUCUGCAUUGUCUGUUUUAGAAAGUUGCAAAAAUGAUUGGCAUAUUGACACUGUUGAACAAUCUGACAAGCUCUUCAUUGGAAGCAUACUGAGGCCUUAACCCAUGCUGAAAAUGAAAAAGAGAGCUGUGUCCAUUUCGAUGUUCCAUACUUAAUCCAGGCAGAAUAAUUAAUAGGAGUAGGACUUAAACCACAGCGAGGCUGAAAGAGGCAGGAUCACACAGAUGAUGUUCAUUGAGCAGCUACACAGUAUUUUGAGGUAUAAGACAGCGCUGCCCACCCCCCGGCCCCAACUAAAACUUUGUUUUCUUCUAAUGGUAUAAAUAAAUGCAGGAAUACUAAUAGGAAGUUGUACGGGUUGGCAUGAUUCUUAAUAAGUGUCUGGUUUUAUUACAUGUUUGACCAAUUUUAGGCAACACAACUAAGGAGGUGGUUCAUUAUCAGCUGCUGUAGGCGCUCACAUUUGUAAAGUUCAGGCAAAUGUUUUGUCAAAAUCGGCAUAGAAUAUGAUUCUAAGUGUUAAAAGUCAAACUGAGAAAUGAAAACUUCUGUCACGGAUAAGAAUGUAACAUUAACACAGUCACAAAAGAACGACUGAGAUAUUGAGAACUCCAAUUAAUAGUUUCAGUCUUUCUAAGGAUGUAAAUCACUUUCCAGGAAUUGGCAGUCAUGACUUAGUGCUCUGCACUCUGACUUGAAAUGGUUGCAAAGAUGAAAAACAUGAGUCUGAAUAAAUUUUCUUCUGUUUUUUAAAAUAUUCCUCAGAUGGAGGGAGAGGUUCUCUUUGCAUCGCGAUUAAAACCAUACAUAACAUAUGAACACGCAUACAGCAGCAUUGUAUGGUUUGAUGACAUUGAUCACUGUGUUUUUGUUUUUGACUUGCAUGUAUUACAUUUCCUUUAUGUUGCAUAUGUCUAUACUGUAGAUAUCUUGAGUUGAUAUUUAUGAUAGAGUCAUGCAAUGUGUUAUGAGAUAAUGUGGCUGUGUGGGCGAGCCAGCCUGAGUUGCACUGACGGAAAACUGUAUGUCUUUGGCUUGUAUGAUUGUAGGCUGAUAUUGAUAACUUAAAGUAGAAAUUUUAAAGUGUGAAUUCUGGACAUUACUUUCUCUGAAGGCCUUAUUGCAUUGUUGGCUUGGUGUGUUUUUAAUUUUAUUGUUGACAUUUAGUGUCCCUCUAAUUUAACGUCUGUCUAUUACAAUAACUAAUUUGGCCUUCGUAGCAUUAAUAUGAGGAUUCCUCAGCAUUCGUGGAAGACAUCCACUAAUUCGUUCUGGUCAAGAAUAAGAGUUGAUUUUUAUUGAAAUAUUUCUGAUCUAACAUUUCGGGAUUCUUUGAAAAAUGUAUGUUGAAUCACAAAAAAAUUUGACUAGAUGUUAAAAUAAGAUGGAUGUCUGAAAGCUCAUUCUGUGUGCUAUCUACUAAAUCUUUUUGUAUGACUAGAAUGUCACAACAAAUAAAGUGCACUCAAAGCACAAAUUUCUUUGUGCAGUCUAAAUAUAAUUUAUCAAAUGUGCUUUAUGUAGUUUUUGUAACCCCAAUGUUUACUGACAAACACACCUGUUUCACUACAGACUUUAUAGUGACUAUACAUGUAAACUGAAAUUUCACAACCUGAAAAUAUGUUAAGCUGUAAUAUCAGUUCUUGCAUCAUUAAGCAUUGACAAUAAAUAAUUUUAAAAA